AUGGCAAAGAAGAAAUUCAGCGGGUUAGAGAUCACUCUGAUUGUCCUCUUUAUCAUCGUGACAAUAAUAGCUAUUGCUCUAGUGAUUGUCUUAGCAACAAAUGUGCCUGGUGUGGAUGUAAUAACUCCAAACCUUGGAAAGUGUCCCACUGAGCAAGAUGAUUCUAUCAAUGAGAGAAUAAACUGCAUUCCAGAUCAAACUCCAACACAGGCAAAAUGUGCAGAGCGUGGCUGUUGCUGGCGCCCAUGGAACAGCUCUGUCAUUCCCUGGUGCUUCUUCGCAAACAACCAUGGCUAUAAUGCUGAGUCAAUAAACGCAAAAGAUACAGGACAAGAAGCUACACUUAGCAGGAUUGCUUCUCCUACUCUGUUUGGUAAUGACAUCACACGUGUCCUCCUCACAACUCAGAGACAAACCGCAAAUCGUUUUCGGUUCAAGCUUACAGAUCCAAAUAAUAGAAGAUAUGAAGUUCCACAUCAGUUUGUACAAGAUGUUCCUGGAAUCUCAGCUGACAGUGCACUUUAUAAUGUUCAAAUCACUGAAGACCCAUUCAGCAUCAAAGUGAUCAGGAAAAGCAAUAACAGAGUAUUGUUUGAUACCAGUAUUGGUCCACUGGUGUACUCUGACCAGUAUCUUCAGAUUUCAACAAAACUUCCAAGUGAAUAUAUUUAUGGCUUUGGGGAGCAUAUUCAUAAGAGAUUUCGUCAUGAUUUAUACUGGAAAACGUGGCCAAUCUUUACUCGAGAUGAACUUCCUGGUGAUAAUAACCAUAAUCUCUACGGGCAUCAGACAUUCUUCAUGGGCAUUGAAGAUAACACUGGAAAGUCUUAUGGUGUUUUUCUCAUGAACAGCAACGCAAUGGAGGUCUUCAUUCAGCCAACUCCAAUAAUUACUUACAGAGUUACUGGAGGCAUACUAGACUUCUAUAUAUUUCUUGGAGACACACCAGAACAAGUAGUUCAACAAUACCAAGAGCUCAUUGGUCGACCAGCAAUGCCUGCAUACUGGAGUCUUGGCUUUCAACUCAGUCGCUGGAAUUACCAGUCACUAGAUGCAGUGAAAGAAGUCGUGAGAAGAAACCGGGAAGCCGGCAUUCCAUAUGAUGCACAAGUCACCGAUAUUGACUACAUGGAAGACAAAAAAGACUUUACUUAUGAUAGUGUUAAUUUCAGUGGGCUUCCUGAAUUUGCUAAGGAUUUACAUGACCACGGACAAAAAUAUGUUAUCAUCCUGGACCCUGCGAUAUCUAUAGAUCGACGAGCCAAUGGAGCAGUGUAUGAAACAUAUAGGAGGGGUAAUGAACAAAAUGUUUGGGUGAGUGAGGCAGAUGGAACGACACCACUUAUUGGAGAGGUUUGGCCAGGAUUAACAGUGUAUCCUGAUUUUACUAAACCCCAAACCAUUGAGUGGUGGGCAAAUGAAUGUGCUAUCUUCCAUAAUGAAGUAGAGUACGAUGGACUGUGGAUUGACAUGAAUGAAGUUUCCAGUUUUAUUCAAGGUUCUCUGAAAGGCUGCGCUGUCAAUGAAUUAAAUUAUCCUCCUUUUACUCCGGAUAUUCUUGACAAACUUUUGUAUUCCAAAACCCUCUGCAUGGAUGCUGUGCAGAACUGGGGGAAACAGUAUGAUGUCCACAGCCUGUAUGGGUACAGCAUGGCUAUAGCCACAGAGAAGGCUGUGGAAAGAGUUUUUCCUGGUAAGAGAAGUUUCAUCCUCACCCGGUCAACAUUUGCCGGCUCUGGAAGGCAUGCUGCUCACUGGCUCGGAGACAAUACUGCCUCAUGGGAGCAGAUGGAAUGGUCCAUCACUGGAAUGCUGGAGUUCGGUAUAUUCGGCAUGCCUUUGGUUGGAGCAGACAUCUGUGGAUUUGCGGCUGAUACUACAGAAGAACUCUGCAGAAGAUGGAUGCAACUUGGAGCCUUUUAUCCAUUUUCUAGAAACCACAAUGCUGAUGGCUAUAGGGAGCAGGAUCCUGCAGUUUUUGGACAAGACUCUCUUUUGGUAAAGUCAGCAAGGCACUACCUGACCAUUCGCUACACCCUACUUCCUUACCUCUACACUCUGUUCUAUAGAGCCCACGUGUUUGGAGAGACAGUUGCAAGGCCAUUCCUUUAUGAAUUUUAUGAAGACCCAAACAGCUGGAUUGAGGACCUCGAAUUUCUCUGGGGCCAUGCACUACUUAUCACCCCUGUUUUGAGAGAGGGAGCAGAAUCUGUGAGUGCAUACAUUCCUGAUGCUACCUGGUAUGAUUUUGAAACAGGUGAAAAAAAGCCAUGGAGAAAAGAAAGAGUUGAAAUGUACCUUCCAGCAGAUAAGAUAGGAUUGCAUCUUAGAGGAGGUUAUGUCAUCCCAACCCAGGAACCCAAUGUAACAACAGCAGCAAGUCGUCAGAAUCCUCUAGGCCUUAUUGUUGCCUUAAAUGAUAACGGAGGAGCAGUAGGUGAUUUCUUCUGGGAUGACGGUGAAACUAAGAAUACCAUAGAAAAUGGAGAAUAUAUAUAUUACAACUUUGCAGUUUCCAACGAUAAGUUGGUUGCCACUUGCACACAUUCAUCAUAUCAAGAUGGCAGGGCCCUCGCAUUUAAAACAAUCAAAGUCCUUGGGCUGACCAACACUGUAACUGAAGUUAGAGUAGGAGAAACUGAGCAGCAAAUGAAUGUUCAUGCAGCCUUCACGUUUGAUGCUUCCAAUAAGGUUCUCUCAAUCACAGAUCUCAGCUUUAAUCUUGGAAAUAACUUUGUAGUAAGCUGGACUCAUAUUUUCUCAGAGAAUGAGAGAUUCGGUUGUUAUCCAGAUGCAGGCGUACCAACACGGGAAGUUUGCGAACAGCGAGGCUGCAUAUGGAACGAGGUUGGUUUGACAUCCAGGGCACCUGACUGCUACUUUCCGGCGGACCACAACCCAUAUUUGUUAACUUCAAUUCAGUAUUUGCCAACGGGUAUAACCGCUGACCUCCAGUGGAAUCCUGCAAAUACUAGAAUAAGGCUUCCAUCUAAUCCCAUCGCCAAUCUCCGUGUGGAAGUAAAAUAUCACAAAAAUGAAAUGCUACAGUUUAAGAUUUACGAUCCCCAGAAUAAGAGAUAUGAAGUUCCAGUACCAAUUGACAUUCCAGAAACCCCUACAAGCUCUUAUGAAAAUAGACUCUAUGAUGUUGAAAUCAAGGAAAAACCUUUUGGCAUUCAGGUUCGAAGGAGAAGCAGUGGAAAGCUUAUCUGGGAUUCUCGCCUGCCUGGAUUUGCCUUCAAUGACCAGUUCAUUCAAAUAUCUACCCGUUUGCCAUCACAAUAUCUAUAUGGUUUUGGGGAAGCGGAACACACAGCAUUCAAGCGAGAUUUGAACUGGCAUACUUGGGGGAUGUUCACAAGAGAUCAACCUCCUGGUUACAAACUGAAUUCCUAUGGAUUCCAUCCUUAUUACAUGGCUUUGGAAGAUGAGGGUAACGCUCAUGGAGUUCUGUUACUGAACAGCAAUGGAAUGGAUGUUACAUUCCAACCAACUCCUUCUGUAACAUACCGCACAAUUGGAGGAAUCCUGGAUUUUUAUAUGUUUUUGGGACCAACCCCAGAAGUUGUAACACAGCAAUACCAUGAAGUAAUUGGCUUUCCAGUCAUGCCACCAUACUGGUCUCUAGGAUUUCAAUUAUGUCGUUAUGGAUACAGAAAUACUUCACAAGUUGUGGAACUGUAUGAAGGGAUGGUCGAUGCUAAGAUUCCUUAUGAUGUUCAAUAUACAGACAUUAAUUACAUGGAAAGGCAACUAGACUUCACAAUCGGUGAACGAUUCCAGGGUCUUCCUGAAUUUGUUGAUCGAAUAAGAAGUGAAGGAAUGAAAUACAUUAUUAUCUUGGACCCAGCGAUUUCAGGAAAUGAGACGAAUUACCCUGCCUUUGACCGAGGAAUACAGAAAGAUGUGUUUGUCAAAUGGCCUAACACAGAUGAAAUCUGUUGGGCAAAGGUUUGGCCAGAUUUACCUGGUAUUGAAAUAAAUGAGAGUAUAUCAGAAGAUGACGCUGUCAAUGCUUCCAGAGCACAUGUAGCAUUUCCAGACUUCUUCAGGAACUCCACAUCAGAGUGGUGGACAACAGAAAUUCAUGACUUCUACAAUAAUCAAAUGAGAUUUGAUGGCUUGUGGAUUGAUAUGAAUGAGCCUUCAAGUUUUGUAAAUGGAACCGUUACCAAUCGAUGCAGAAAUGAUACACUAAAUUACCCUCCUUAUUUCCCAGAACUGACAAAAAGAACUGAUGGGUUACAUUUCCGCACCAUGUGCAUGGAAACCGAACAGAUUCUUAGUGAUGGAUCAUCAGUUUUGCAUUAUGAUGUGCACAAUCUCUAUGGAUGGUCGCAAAUGAAACCCACUCUGGAUGCCUUACGGAGGACCACUGGUCUGAGAGGGAUAGUCAUCUCUCGGUCCACAUAUCCCACUGCUGGUCGAUGGGGGGGGCACUGGCUUGGAGACAAUUAUGCAAACUGGGAUAAUUUGGAAAAAUCACUCAUUGGCAUGCUGGAGUUUAAUCUUUUUGGGAUACCAUAUGUUGGAGCAGAUAUCUGUGGUUUUUUCAAUGAUUCAGAAUAUCAUCUCUGUACUCGUUGGACGCAAGUUGGAGCCUUUUAUCCAUUUUCAAGAAACCACAACAUUCAAUUUACUAGAAGGCAGGAUCCUGUUUCCUGGAAUGAAACUUUUGCUAACAUGUCAAGGGAGGUCCUAGAGAUCAGAUACACCUUGCUGCCCUAUUUCUACACUCUGAUGCAUGAAGUCCAUGUUAGUGGCGGCACUGUCAUCAGACCCCUAAUGCAUGAGUUCUUUGAUGAUAAGGAAACCUGGGAAAUAUACAGGCAGUUCCUGUGGGGUCCAGCUUUUAUGGUGACCCCUGUCCUUCACCCUUACGUGACCACUGUGACUGGCUAUGUACCUAAUGAUCGGUGGUUUGACUACCAUACGGGGGAAGAUAUAAAGGUCAGAGGACAACAACAAACAUUUCCAGCUCCUUAUGAUAAAAUAAAUCUACAUGUCCGAGGAGGUUACAUUCUACCGUGCCAAGAACCCGGGCAGAGCACAUAUUACAGUCGACGGAAUUACAUGAAGCUCAUCGUUGCUGCAGAUGACAAUCAAAGAGCACAAGGAACUCUAUUUUGGGACGAUGGAGAUAGUAUAGACACUUAUGAAAGAGAUCUAUACACCUUGAUAGGAUUCAGUCUAAAUCAAACAACGUUAACAAGCACAGUACUGAAAAGGGGGUAUAUAAACAAAUAUGAGAUGCUGCUGGGAGAUAUCUAUGUGUGGGGGAAAGGAACAGCCAGUGUCUCUGAUGUUACUUUGAUUUAUGAUGGAAAUACACUAAAACCUUCAUUCACUCAAGAAGCAGACAAAGAGAUACUGACAAUUAACAUGAGACAGAUGAAUGUGUUCCUUGAUGAACCAAUAACUAUCAUCUGGUCAUGA